AUGGGAGCUGAAGGAGAUUCCAGCGAUGCCGUUCCUGUUACCGUCGGCGAAGUUUCCGUCAAUAUUCGAUGUUCCAACGGCUCCAAAUUUUCCGUCAAAACUACGCUUGAUUCCAACGUCGGCGCUUUCAAAUCGCUUGUUGCGCAAAACUGUGAUGUUCCUGCCGAGCAGCAGAGGUUGAUCUACAAAGGUCGGAUUCUGAAAGAUGACCAAACCCUAGAAAGCUAUGGUUUGCAAGCAGAUCAUACCAUCCAUAUGGUUCGUGGUUUUGCUGCAUCUGCAUCGACUGCUCCUUCCGGAACUACGAAUUCUGCUGCUUCUGACACUACCCCGGUUUCUGCUCCUGCUGCUGGUCCAACAGAAAGUGGAGGUUUAGGAAGUGCUGGUCUUGGGGCAUCCUUAUUUUCUGGACUUGGUCUGGGUGGAACUGGUGCGCCUCCUCCUGGUUUACUAGGAGCUGGACUUCCAGAUUUUGAACAAAUGCAGCAACAACUUACCCAGAACCCAAAUAUGAUGAGAGAAAUAAUGAACAUGCCUGCCAUUCAGGGUCUGAUGAAUAAUCCAGAUCUUAUGCGAAAUCUGAUUAUGAGCAAUCCUCAGAUGCGCGACAUCAUUGAUCGGAAUCCAGAGCUGGCUCAUAUAUUGAAUGACCCUAGUAUUCUCAGGCAGACCUUAGAAACUGCAAGGAAUCCUGAGCUCAUGCGUGAGAUGAUGCGGAACACUGACCGAGCUAUGAGCAACAUUGAAUCCUCUCCUGAAGGUUUUAACAUGCUCAGACGCAUGUAUGAGAAUGUCCAAGAACCAUUUCUGAAUGCCACCACUAUGGCUGGGGAUGCAGGAACUAAUCCGAGUGCUAACCCAUUUGCUGCUCUUUUGGGAAAUCAGGCUGCUGGUGGUGGACAACAGAGAGAUGGUUCUAAUAACCCAUCAACAACUGGAUCUGAAACUGGAGCUCCGAAUACUAAUCCACUUCCAAACCCCUGGAAUAGUGCUGCAGGAGGCGCCCAGACAAACAGUACUCCUAGAACAAACCCUUCUGGAGAUACAAGGUCACCUCCUGUUGGUGGAUUAGGUAGCCUUCCAGAUUUGGAUCGUAUGCUUGGUGGAGGUGGACUUCCAGAUGCAUCAAUGAUGAAUCAGAUGAUGCAAAAUCCAGCAAUCUCACAGAUGAUGCAAAGCAUGCUAUCCAACCCACAGUAUAUGAAUCAGAUUCUUAAUAUGAGUCCACAGCUGCGUGCUAUGACUGAUUCAAACCCUCAGCUGCGAGAAAUGAUGCAAAAUUCUGAUGUUCUUCGUCAGAUGGCAAAUCCUGAGAUGAUGCAGCAAAUGCUAGCUAUGCAGCAGUCACUUCUAUCAGGAAUGAACCGUCCUCAAACAAACCAAGAUCAAUCACCAAAUGCUGGCGCUGCAGGAAAUGCAAAUAGAGAUAUGGGUCUGGAGAUGCUGAUGAGCAUGUUUGGUGGUCUUGGUGCUGGCGGUUUAACCACCCCAGAGAAUUCAAAUGUACCACCUGAAGAGCUUUAUGCAACUCAGUUGACACAGCUUCAAGAGAUGGGUUUUUUCGAUGCACAAGAGAACAUAAGGGCUUUGCAAGCUACUCGUGGUAAUGUUAAUGCUGCUGUGGAGCGACUUUUGGGAAAUAUGGGUCAGUGAUGUUUUGGAGGAUUACCUUUUGGAACACAGUUUAUCCAGUACAGUCUUUUGUGGAAUUCCUAAGAUCAGUAUGCCCAGAUUAGUGUCUCACUAAAGAUGGAAAAACGCAAGCUCGAAUUCUGAGAUUACAUUUCGGGCAUGUGAAUAAACAAAAGAAAGUACGCAAUGUGAUAAGAGUUAUGACUUCUGGAUAUAGGCUCGUAUCUCAGCUCAACAUUAGAAUCUUCACUCUUCUGCCCCCUUCACGCAACCAUCCUUGAAACUUAUGUACAUACACAAUUUUAAUUAUUAUCUGUGGAAUGUUUGAUUUGAUUUUGUCUAUGUAUUGUCCCUUUCAAUUCAUAACCAGGAUGCAGUUUUCAGAUACCUCUGGUUAAUCAGGGACUUCUUAUUUGCUGAUGAGAAACAGCUUCAGCCUUUGGAGAACUAUUAGUGUUUUCAACGUCGUGUGUUAUGGGCAAAGAACUCAUGAAAUUGUUUGCUCUUUUGCGGAUGUGUUUGAUAGUGUAGUAGAUCAGAGUUAGUACCCUUAGUUGAUCUUGAUCAGAGGGCUAUUUGGGGAUAUAUGACGACUUUUGCUAGAAUGCUUCUUACCCCGCGAAUUACAAAAUUUUACCAAACCAGCUAUUCCUGUUAGUUGGCUGGAUAAUUCUUUACAGCUAGUUAAUGGCAUGUCCAUAAUUCAAUAAUUCGUGACUUAAUAUAUUUUCUUGUCAUUUUCUA